AUGUCAUUCAUCAUAAAAGCUCUCCCGUUCAUCGCCCUUGCAGCGGCGGCUGACCUGGAACCCGAGCUUGGUGGUUAUACCUCCAGCGGUUCUCCUGCCACUGGACCCCCAUUUGGCCUCCCUACUGAGCGCUUCGAAGCCGUCUUUGCAAAGCCGAACAACACGGCAUCAGUCUCCUACGGCAACCUCGGCUUCAGCAACGGCUCCGAUGCGUGGUCCGUCCAUCUCGCUUUCGCCGCCAAUGUCUCCCUCGCUGGUGCCACGCAGGCCGGCGAUGAUGUUGGCGAGGAUCCUGUUACCCAGUUGACGAUUCUCUCCCUGGAGCGCACCAAGGGCGCCAAACUCAACACGAAAGACGUCAGUGUUGCCAUCUUCACCGGCUUCGCUGCCAAUGCCACCAAUAAUGGUGACGACAUCGACGGCUGCGACUUCUUGAGCGACGAGUGCCGCCGGGCCAUUGAGACAACGGCAAGCGACGACGAAAGCAGUCCGCAACUGCAGGAUGUCUGCAGCAGGUGGCUUUCGAACACGCAAUCAACAACCCGUUUUGGUCUCGGAUCCAACAACCUAGAUGACGGCGAGCCCUUUAACGCUUUUGCCACAAGGCCGACCGAGGCUGGCACGAACGAGACCAGCGCAAUGUAUGAGUAUGCCCUGACUAAGAUCUGGGCUGUCAUCUUGCAUACCACCAAGGCCGGCUCGACGAACGAGUCGACCUCGUCGCUGACUGGUCUGCGUUGCCUGCGUGCCGGCACCAUUGAGGAGGAGUCGGGCGAGUCUGGUGGAAACGAUGGCGACGGAAACGACUCGGAGGCUGGUGGUGAUGGCGACGGCGAGGGUGACGGAAGCGCUGCUGGCAUAAUCAAGGCUAGUGUGUCUGCUGUGAUUCUGGCAUUUGCAGCGGCCAUGGUCAUGGCUUAA